UCAAAAUUUUGAUUUAAUUUCAAUCAUCAGAUGUUAUCGACAUUUCUGGUUGCUUAGCGUAAAUAAUCAAUAUUUUGACAAUGAUGGUAGUCACGCUUUUCUGGUAUUCAAAUAAGCUCACGAUACCCUUCGAAUUUACAUUUUAUAUAGCCAUUUGAUAGCAAAACAUGAAAACUGCGAAUAUAUGAAUUUUAAUUGGCAUCGGUUGCAGAAUUUGAUUUUACAGUCACCGCGUAACUAUUUGACUUGAAAAGAAGUACUGAUGUCACAAAAUCAAGGUAAGAAGGACGACAGGAAAAAAGAUGUGGGCCAAAAACCAGUUCAAAAGAAGAGUCCCGAUAAGAAUAUGUCGGAGAUUGACGAACACAUACUUAAAAGGUUUGAAAUUAAAAAGAGGCUUGGAAAAGGCGCUUACGGAAUUGUUUGGAAGGCUGUUGAUAAAAAGUCGAAGGAUGUGGUAGCGAUUAAGAAGAUAUUCGACGCUUUCCGGAACCAGACGGAUGCUCAGAGGACUUUCAGGGAGAUUAUUUUCCUCCAAUCGUUCCGAAACCAUCCUAACAUUGUGAAGCUGCAUAGCAUACACAGAGCCCUGAACAACCGCGACAUUUACCUAGGCUUCGAGUACAUGGAGACUGAUUUGCACAACGUCAUCAAACGCGGGAACAUACUCAAGGAUAUACAUAAGCGGUACAUUAUGUACCAGAUGCUGAAGGCGACCAAGUAUAUACAUUCUGGUAAUGUUAUACAUAGGGACCAGAAGCCGAGUAAUGUGCUUAUUGAUAGCGCUUGCAGGGUGAAGCUAGCAGACUUCGGGCUAGCUCGGUCUGUGUCGAGCCUGUAUUCGGGCGGUGAGGAAGGAGCGGACCCCUGUCUUACUGACUACGUCGCGACCCGGUGGUACCGCGCCCCUGAGAUACUCAUCGCUAGCAAGAACUACACUAAAGGCAUAGACAUGUGGUCUCUGGGCUGUAUUCUAGGCGAGAUGCUGACGGGCAAGCCAUUGUUCCCCGGGACUUCCACGGUCAACCAGGUCGAGAGGAUCAUGUCGGCUUUGCCUAGACCUUCUGCUGAGGACAUAGCGAUAGUAUGUAGCGGGUACGGGUCGUCCCUGAUCCGGGAGCAGGCAGGGAACCCGAAUGGGGGCGCAUCGCUGACAUCCUUGCUGUCGUGUGCCCCUCGUGAUGCAGCCGACUUGGUACAACGGCUGCUGGUCUUCAACCCUGCUAAGAGGUUGAGCGCUGAAAAGGCUUUGGACCAUGAGUAUGUGGGCAAAUUUCACCGCGAACGUGACGAACCAACGUUAUUAUCUGACGUCCUCCUACCGUUGAGAGAUGACAAGCAAAUGUCCGUGGAUGACUACAGGAACAAAUUGUACAGCAUCAUGGCUAAAGGAUCCCAAGCGUUUAGUGGACAGACUAGAAAAACUCAUUCGAGCAACAAAACCCAUCCUCUACCUACCACAACAACCAAAAGCAGCAAGUCCUUCCACGAAUCGGAACUGUCCAAAUCCUACGUGAAGACCAAACUCCUGAGCUCGUCAGCCGACCAGAAGGCGCGACCAAAACCGCGACCUCACCUAGAAAGGCCCAUAAAGGAACAUAGAUCCGACCAGAGUGUCACCAAACCUCUAAGGGCGACGAAACUCUUUGAACAUAGACACGAAUGGGUCGAGAAUACAAACUGUCAUGGCGAUUAUUUCCAGCCAGUGACAAGACAGAGUCCUUCAGAGACUGGUUUCAUGAGUGGUGGCAAAAAGUCCACAUUGCAACAUAGGAGGAAUUCGACCUCUUUUUCCACAGUUACUAUAGGCGGGGACGCGGAUUAUGGCGGCUGUUUGGGCAAGCAGAGGCACGGAGUUAUAACGGCCAGUGCUCUGAUGGAUUUGAGAACUAGCAUACGGUAGGUAAGCGAUCAAAGCUUAGUGCUUGCGAAUCUCUGAAACUUGUAUUUUUAUGGUUGAUGCUCGAUUACGGUGGUGACGUCAUCUGAUAUUGUAGACAAAAAAGCUAAAAGUUAGAGGGCUUUAUUACAGGUGUUUAUGAAAAGUAAAAGGCUAGGUUUACAGUCAAAUGGAAAAGUAGUAUGUUUUGGUUUUCUCUCAUAAUAUGAAAAACCACUUCCUAGCUGUACGUAUGGUAACACGUAAAGCGUCGCUUAUCAAAAAUACAAAAUCUAUCCUUAUUUUUUUUAUUGGUUUGCAGUUUACCCCAAUGGGUUUCUAUCUUACCCUUCAAUAUAUUCAUAUAAAAAUCACCUAGGUUAUCUGUUACCCCCGUGGUCGAGUCAUUGGUAUUGUGUUCGUAAUUUUAGACUGUGACGUAAGAGUCUAUUCGUCGGGAAGUUAUUAUUAUAUUGUAUGUUACGUUUGCCCUUUUUUAUACCGAGUUUUUGUAGUUGGAAACCCUUUUAUUAUGUUUGAAAAGAGGUUUUACUUUUCGCUUUAAAGCUAAAUUCUACAAUUACCCUAAAUAUGCUUGGGGUAACGGGUCGAGUGAGCUUUGUAUUUUUUUUUUCAUCGCUCAAACUAAAAGAAAAUUCAGAAAUCGAUGUCUGGUAGAAGAGAAUUUUCGUUUUCGUACAAAGCUGUCUCGUAUGAGAAAAGCAGGCCAAUAGGAUCUAUCAGUAUUGUAGACUCAUGAUAUCUUUGAGGGUAAAAAAAUACAGUAAUAUCUAACGAAUUAACGAGCUCUUUAUUUAAAAUACGCAAUUUAAAGCGAAAAGUAAGACUUAUUUAUUGAAGUUAAAAAUAAUAACUUAUUUGCUUGAGAAGCUACGGUUUCUGUUUAUGCUCAUUUCUUCCAUCCAGUCUGUGUUAACAUAUCUAGUCAAUUUUGUUGCUUGUUUGAAAGUUGAGUUUGUAACGACAUACCGUCGAGGAUAGUGAAAAUUUGCCUAACUAGCAUUGUAUUAAUCCGUAUUAGACGAAUGUAGGUACACAUGUAGAAUUCCAACUUAAAAAAUAAAAAUAACUUCAGGUUAAUUUGUAGUAUUGAUACCUACGCGCCUCAACCUGCAAUAAGUUUGCGGUUUUUAACCGUCUUCUCAAAAAGGAAGAGGUUCUCAAAACGGAUUUUUGUGUUUUUUUUACACUAUCCCCGACGACAUUUGAAUCCGUCCAUUUUAAAGACAAUACUUAAAUGCUUAUGGACCUCACAGUGUAUCAUCAGAUUUCAGUGUUAAUACGCAGACUUAAUAUUAUCUAAAGAUGUUAUGUGCAAAUAAAUCUGGCUAUAUAUUGUGUGGUUGGUAGCAGUAAUAGCAUUAAAUAUAAAAAAAAUGUUAGCAAUUAACUUAGGGUAAAGUGUAGUAUUAAAAUUUGAAGUGUUUUUCGCUAAAUUGUACCUAAAAAUUAAAUAAAUUUUAAAAUGAUGACUUAAGUAAAUAGUUAUAUUCCUGGUAUUAAAUUGAUAUUUCACAAAUUAGACGAUAUGACCUGAAUAUACACUGCCAUAAUAACAGUAUUAUUUACUUAUAUGAGAAAUAGAAAGAGGUAGGAAAUUCUAGAUGUUCCUAUUUACUAAAUGUUAAAAACUAUAGUAUAUAACUUUCAUAAAUUGAUAAAUAUUUUACAGUCAGACUUUGAAAACAAGAACUUUUCAUUUAGUGUAAUCUAAAUACAUGUGAAUUUUAAUUAGAUUUUAAAAUCAACUAGUUUGUUUUAACAAAGCCCAAUUGCUCAGAUUUCUAGUGAAUAAAAUUGCAAACCAAGUGGCCUUAUAUUUGCAAUAAUCAAAUAUAAAAUGAGAACCAAGGGUUUAAUGUUAAAAUAGUCACGUUAGUUCUCUAGAUAGACUUAACGUAACUCUUUGAUUAUUUAAAGGUAAAUAAUCGAAAUUGAAAUAACUAUGAAGAAUAUUCGGUAUUGGAUUGUGUGAUGCCGAAUGUUUGAUUUUUUAUUUUAACAUUUUCUGCACGCAUGACUUAAAACACCCUAGAUAAAAUUCCUGAAAAAACUUAUUUUUCUUCAAAAGUUAUAAGGGUAAUAGGGUAAAAACAUCUCCUUAUUGUUACCCUUGUUUAAAACAUGUACGUUGUUGUUACCCCCGUAAAUUAUAGAGUUAAUUGUGUGUGCAGAAAUCGUUAAAAAGGAUAGAUGUAUGCCUUAAGUAGGCAGACACAAUUCCUAACUUGGUUGGUAUGGACUCUUUUGUAUAACGUAUUUUACAUGACGAAUAAACGAUUGUAUGUGAA